AUGGCAAAGACUGGCCUUGUGAUCUGCAUCCUGGUGAUUACCUUACUCCUGGACCAGACCACCAGCCACACGUCCAGACUGAAAGCCAGGAAGCACAGCAAACGCCGAGUGAAAGAGAAAGAUGGAGAUCUGAAAACUCAAGUUGAAAAGCUCUGGAGAGAAGUCAAUGCAUUGAAGGAAAUGCAAGCCCUGCAGACAGUCUGCCUCCGAGGCACGAAAUUUUAUAAGAAAUGCUACCUGGCUUCAGAAGGCUUGAAAUAUUACCAUGAAGCCAAUGAAGACUGUAUUUCCAAGGGAGGGACCCUGGUUAUCCCCAGGAACUCUGACGAAACCAACGCCCUCCGAGACUACGGUAAAAAGAGCAUGCCAGGUGUCAACGACUUCUGGCUGGGCAUCAACGACAUGGUCACAGAUGGCAAGUUUGUCGAUGUCAAUGGAGCCACAGUCUCCUUCCUCAACUGGGAUCGUGCACAACCUAACGGUGGUAAACGGGAAAACUGCGUCCUGUUCUCCCAGUCAGCUCAAGGGAAAUGGAGCGACGAGGUCUGUCGCAGCAGUAAGAGGUACAUAUGUGAGUUUACCAUCCCUUAAAAGACUCUUGUCAAGGGAAUCUUCCAAGCAAGAUUGGUCAUGAUCGAUGGUCUUGUGGGACCCAAGAGUAAGUUAGCAACAUAAUCAACAACUGCCAAAAUUGCAACCCAGAAAUCAACAUCUGCAGCCAUGUAACAGGGUCAGCUGAUUUUCCCAUCAUACUGCAUUGUCAUUUUGCCCUCUUUGGGUCAUACAGGAUCAGAAAAUAAUGAUCCUUUGCACACUGUUUAGUGGCUUCUGCAGCGCAUGCUAACAAAUCUCCUUUUACUUUUCUCAUCCUGUUCGUUUGCACAGACGUAACAGUUAUGUCCAAUCCAGAAAGCAAGAGAUUUCCUUUUGUAAGUGCAGCAAAUAUCUGGUUGGUAAGAGCUUCUUAAAUCAGAGAUUCUCUGCGCAACACCAUCCAAAGGCUUUUCCACCUGAUGUCUCACCUGUGCCCCCCAACCCCCACCAGAAACAACACCUGCCUGUCCCCAGCCCUUUCCCUGAUCAUCUCCAGAUGAGGUGUGUGUCUCAUUGGCCUGUCAAAGAUGUCUGAAGAGGUACUGUUCGAACUCUGCCUUCUUGGAAACCAUCCUCCCAACUUCUUUGGAAGUUCUCAAUCAAGGUCCAUCAGGAAAUAACAAGGAAAACAUUUUUUGACCAAGUUCUACACCCAGCAUUACAACUUCUGAUCCAAAUGGGUUACCACAGGGCAAGGUCCAGGCAGCCAACAGUACAAGAAAAGGAAACAAAAUUUAAAAACCUGGCUUUCUUUUGGCUUAGCUUCGCUUACUCUCUCCCUAUAUAAAGUUGAGAGUGUGAACAUUAUAUUUGUAGAGUAUAUAUUAGUUUCCUUUUUAACAUUCUUUUUAUGCAUGUGUGCUUUCCAACCAUCACCAUAUAUUUAAGUCUCUUCAGAACUAUCUUUUUUAAGUCAAAAAUUAGAUUAAAAGAAAGAAAAAGAUUAGAUGUGAAUCAUACUAUUUUGGAAUUAUACACCUAAGCAUUUGUUUUAUUCUGCCAAAUUCUAUUGCCAUUAGCUGUUUAACUAGAUUGAAUAAAAUAAGUUUACCGUUUAAGACAAAAUUACAAAGUUUUUAGGACUGAAGAAAACAGGCUUUCUAUAAGUAUUUUAAAUACAUUGUGUUCUUUCAAUAAAUAUAUAUUUUUCUUUUAAAUCCUGAAUGUGUUUUGUGAAAUAUAUCCUAUUCUGCAAACAUUAACUGCAUGUGCUUGGAAUUAAGUUUUAACAGUGUAUAAUAAUAAAAUCUGGGUUCCGAU